AUGAGGGCAUGGAAGUGUCAGGGGGACGUGGAUAGUAUGUGGGAUAGGGUGGCAGGUUGCAUUAAGGAGACUUCUAGAGAGGUUUUGGGUGUCUCUAGGGGAUGGUUUGGCCGGUAUCAGGGGGACUGGUGGUGGAAUGAAAAAGUUAAGAAGAAGGUGGAGACGAAGAAGACGGCUUACAUUAAGUUGGUUGAGAGUAAGGAAGAAAAGAAGAAGUGGGUGUGUAGGGAGGAGUACAAACUUGCUAAGAAAAAGUCUAAGUUAGCAAUUACGACUGCUAAGACAAUAGUGUUUGACAGACUUUAUUCGGGUUUAGAGGAGAGAGAUGGGGAAAAGAGGUUAUAUAGGCUUGCCAAAACUAGGGAGCAUAAGGGUCGGGAUCUGGACCAAGUGAAGUGCAUUAAAGGAGAGGAUGGAAAAGUUUUAGUAGAGGACGUUCUAAUUAAGAAAAGAUGGCAGUCGUAUUUCAAUAAGCUCCUGAAAGAUGAGGGGGACAGAGUUGAGGAAAUAUGUGAGGCUAUUUGCAAGAUGCGAAAGGGCAGGGCGACGGGGCCCGAUGAGAUUCCAAUGGACUUUUGGAAGUAUGCUAGCGGAGCAGGAUUGAGGUGGCUAACCCAUUUGCUUAUUAAUAUUUUCAAGACCGCUAAGAUGCCUGAGGCAUGGAGAUGGAGUAUGGUAAUUCCUUUAUAUAAGAACAAGGGAGACAUUCAAAGUUACAACAACUACCAUGGUAUUAAGUUGUUGAGUCACACGAUGAAGAUUUGGGAGAGGGUGCUGGAGUGGAGGUUAAGGAAGAUAGUGCCAUUUUGGAGAAUCAAUUUGGAUUUAUGCCUGGUCGAUCAACGACUGAGGCAAUUCGACUUAUGCGGAGGCUGGUAG